CAACCCACAAAGAUGGUAUAUAUGCGGGUUGCCGGUUGUUGUACAAUCGUUGCUUGGUGUUGCGCGCGCUACUAUGCGGGAGAUUGUCCACAUCCAGGCGGGCCAGUGUGGCAACCAAAUUGGUGCGAAGUUCUGGGAGGUCAUUUCGGAUGAACAUGGAAUUGACCCCACUGGUACGUACCAUGGGGAUUCGGAUCUACAACUCGAGCGAAUAAAUGUUUACUACAACGAAGCUACCGGCGGAAAGUAUGUUCCUCGGGCGGUGCUAGUCGAUCUGGAACCGGGGACGAUGGACAGCGUUCGUGCUGGUCCAUUCGGACAGCUGUUUCGUCCGGAUAAUUUCGUGUUUGGUCAGAGUGGAGCCGGGAACAACUGGGCCAAAGGGCAUUACACCGAAGGAGCUGAGUUGGUGGACUCAGUCCUUGACGUCGUUCGCAAAGAGGCUGAGUCGUGUGAUUGCCUUCAGGGUUUCCAACUUACCCACUCCCUGGGAGGCGGAACCGGCUCUGGUAUGGGCACGCUGUUGAUUUCCAAAAUUCGCGAAGAGUAUCCCGAUCGUAUCAUGAAUACUUUCUCAGUCGUUCCCUCCCCGAAGGUGUCUGAUACUGUUGUGGAGCCGUACAACGCAACGUUAUCCGUCCAUCAACUUGUUGAAAAUACUGACGAGACUUAUUGCAUCGACAACGAGGCUUUGUACGACAUCUGCUUCCGAACUCUCAAGCUAACUACACCAACUUACGGUGAUCUGAACCACUUGGUUAGUGCUACGAUGUCUGGCGUCACAACGUGCCUGAGAUUCCCAGGUCAGCUAAAUGCUGACUUGCGCAAAUUGGCUGUCAACAUGGUGCCAUUCCCACGUCUGCAUUUCUUCAUGCCUGGUUUUGCCCCUUUAACAAGCCGUGGCAGUCAACAAUACCGUGCUCUCACAGUUCCUGAGCUGACCCAGCAGAUGUUCGAUGCUAAGAAUAUGAUGGCCGCUUGCGAUCCUCGUCACGGAAGGUAUCUCACUGUUGCCGCAAUGUUCCGCGGACGCAUGUCUAUGAAGGAAGUUGAUGAACAGAUGCUAAAUGUUCAAAACAAGAACUCGAGCUACUUUGUAGAAUGGAUUCCGAACAAUGUUAAGACGGCUGUAUGUGAUAUUCCUCCACGCGGACUGAAGAUGGCUGUCACUUUCAUCGGAAACAGUACAGCUAUUCAGGAGCUCUUCAAACGUGUGUCGGAGCAAUUCACUGCUAUGUUCCGUCGCAAAGCUUUCUUACACUGGUACACUGGCGAAGGCAUGGACGAAAUGGAAUUCACUGAGGCUGAGUCUAAUAUGAACGAUCUAGUCAGCGAAUAUCAACAGUAUCAAGAUGCGACUGCGGAAGAAGAGGGUGAAUUCGAGGAAGAGGAGAACGAGGAAGCAUAGGGAACUUGUUUUGUUCACGUUAAUAGCCCUAAUAAAUUUCAAUGGUUAGUUUUGUCCUUUUGACUAUCAGUAUUUGCCUUUUCUGCCGCGAUCAUUUUGCGCUCAAUGGAGCAUUGUGUUAAACC